CAUCAAACGCAGACAUUAGCUCGUUGUGCUCUGUGGCUGUGACUGCAGUGUGCUCCUCUAAGUCAACAUGGCUUGUGUCAGCGAUCUCCGACACCUUCUGCCAGCUGUGCUGAUAUUGUUGAUGACUUUCAAGUGUUCCAUGUGUUACCACGAAUUCAAUGAAACCAAAGACUAUAACGACUCCAUGUUUUACCUGGACUAUAACACCAGUCCGGACUACAGUGAGUUCCCUGAACUCUGUGUGAAAGAAUUCAACCGCCAGUUCCGCCGCUGGUUCGUUCCGACCUUCUACUUCAUCAUCUGCCUUCUCGGGGUGGCAGGGAACCUACUCGUCAUCCUCACCUUCUUCUACUUCAAGCGCCUCAAGACCAUGACGGACGUGUACCUGCUCAACCUGUCCUUUGCGGACCUGCUCUUCGCUCUGUCGCUCCCCUUUUGGGCAGCCAACUCCACCACAGAAUGGAGGCUGGGUCUGACCAUGUGCAAAGCGAUGUACACAGUUUACAAGGUCAGCUUAUACGGCAGCAUGUUCGUCCUCGCUUUCAUCAGUGUGGAGCGCUACUUCGUCAUCGCCAAGGCCAUCUCCGCUCACCGCUACCGCUCCCAAACGCUGUUUCUCAGCAAGGUGUCGUCAGUCGCCAUCUGGUUGAUGGCGCUGAUCUUCUCCAUACCAGACAUGACCUACACCACAAUCAACAACAACACCUGCACCCUGUACAGCAGCUAUUCUGACAUGCGCCGCGUCAAAAUAGAGGCCAGCCAGAUCGUCUUGGCUUUCGCCCUCCCGCUCCUGGUCAUGAGCGUCUGUUACAGCAGAAUCGUCCGAACCCUGUGCCAGGCCCGCGGCUUCGAACGCAACAAGGCCAUCAAGGUGAUCCUCGCCGUGGCGGCCGUCUUCCUGGUGUGCCAGAUUCCCUACAACCUGAUCCUGAUUGUGAACACGGUGGUCAUAGCACAAGGAAAAAGCGAAGACUGCAACUACCAGAACACUUUCCUCUACGCCAGCGAUGUCACCCAGUGCGUGGCUUUCCUGAGGUGCUGCCUGAACCCCUUUGUCUAUGCCUUUAUUGGUGUCAAGUUCCGCCAUGAUCUCCUCAAGCUCAUGAAGGACUCGGGCUGCAUGAGCCAUGACUGGUUCAUCAAGUUUAGCGGGGGCCGGAGGAGGAGCUCGGGGGCCACCGACACUGACACCAACACCACAUUAUCUCCUUGAAGCGGUUUUAAGAACCCUCCGAUUCGCACGUAGGACGGACAAAGGACUGAUGACAAACAUCUCACCUAAAAUACAAGACAUAUGUAACAUGUACAUAGCAGAGGUUAAAUGACAAUUUUUUGGGUUUUCAUUUUCUUUAAAUCAUCUUUGGUUAUUAUUUUUGUGCGUUGGCUACCAAGUACAAUAUUUCAAUAAAUUCACAAA